AUGACGCCCUGGUCGCUGCCCCUGCUGCUGCUGCUCCUGGCUGGGGCCCCCGCUGUGCAGCCAGCUCCCCCAACCUGCUACUCCAGGAUGCUGACCCUGAGCCGGGAAAUCACUGGCGACUUCCAGAGCCUGCAGGCGACGGAGCCCUCGGAGCCAUGCGUGAGAUACCUGCCGCGGCUGUACCUGGACAUACACAAUUACUGCGUGCUGGCCAAGCUGCGGGACUUUGUGGCCUCGCCCCACUGUUGGAAAGUGGCUGAGGUGGACACCUUGAAGGACAAGGUGCGGAAGCUGUACCUUAUCAUGAACUCGUUCUGCAGGAGAGAUUUGGUGUUCCUGUCGGAUGACUGCAAUGCCUUGGAAUACCCAAUCCCAGUGACUACGAUCCUGCCGCCAGUUCGUCAGCACUAA